AUGUGGGGUUCCUCCCUGGGGUGCGGUGCUGAAAACCAAGCGGAACCGAGCAAAACUGAACUGGACGUUCCGGCUGAUGGCCGCAUAAGUCGGCCGGAGGAACACCACAAACGUGAGGAACAUGGUGUGAAUCGAUGGCGAGGUAGCAGCAUGAAUGCGUCAAUACAAAGAAGGAAAGGUGGAACUACAAGCUCAUCCCAAAUCUGUCGACAAACCUGGUUGGAUGAACGAAUACAGUCGGUACAGUUGUUCGGCUCUGCGUUUGAUGUCCACAGGCGUGUUCGUAACAAACAAAACAGUCCUAAGAGCACUGGAGGAGGAGUUUUUGUCGCUGUGAGAAGAGGUUUGGACUCCUCGGUAGUUGUGACAGAGUAUUGCCAUGCGCUGGAGCAGAGUUGGGUUCGAGUUACGCUACCGAGCAAAACGCUUUUUGUUUGCUCUUUCUACCUCCCACCUGAUAGAGUUAACGAGCAACAAAUUCUGGAAAACCAUCUCGCUUCGGUUUCUACGAUUAAUGCUUCUUCAUCCGUCGGUGAUGAAAUUAUUAUAGUUGGUGAUUACAAUCUACUCCGUCUGUUCUGGAUGCACAAAGAAGAGGGUUACGCAAAAAUCAAUCCAGUAAAGUGCGUCGUGAUGCCACCCAAAGAGGAGAAAGUGUUGGGAGACCGGCUUGUCCAGCGCAAUGGAUUGCUGGCAAUUCGUGAUGCUUUGGAGAAGUUUAUCAUUCGGUACGAUCCUGCACGUGAUGCUUUUCAGUUGAGUGUUCGUAUAGAGUCGCUGGAUAGGGCUUAUGCGCAGUUCAUGGAGGCGCAGGAUGCAAUUGAAAGACUGGACAAGGAGGAGUUUCUGGCAUCACACCUGGCGGAACGUGUCGAUUUCGAGCAGCGAUACUGCGCAGCGAAAGGCUUCCUACUCUCCAAGGUUCCUGUAGAAGCGAAUAACUCAGCUUUGAACACAUCCAUGAUGGCAAAUCAACACACUUUCUUGACAGGAUUCCACCUCCGUCUUCCAAAGAUCGACCUACCGAGAUUUGAUGGCGAUUUCUCACGUUGGUUGUCAUUUCGAGACACCUUUACGUCCAUGGUUCAUUCCAAUGGGGACAUACCAACGGUCGCCAAGCUUCAGUACCUUCUACAAUCGCUUGAAGGGGACGCAAAGAAGCCGUUCGAAUCAGUUGACGUCGAAGCUGACAACUAUGCGUCAACAUGGGACGCCCUACACAAGAGGUACGACAAUCGCCGUUUUCUCAAACGUCAGCUGUUUAGGACACUCUACGAGCUGCCAGCGGUCAAGCAGGAAUCUGCUAAGCGCAUCCACAGUCUGGUCGACGAUUUUCAGCGCCAUGUACGGGCGUUGGCGAAAUUGGAUGAACCUGUGGAGCAUUGGGAUACGCCGCUGGUGAACAUGCUGUCGUAUAAGCUGGACCAAUCCACAUUGCGAGCAUGGGAGGAGAAAACGAGCAGCCAGGACGAUGUCAAGUACGAGGAACUGGUUGAGUUCCUGUACCAGCGGGUGCGCGUCCUCAAUUCUGUCGGGCCAGACACGCAGCAACCGGCACCUCCAAAGGUGGCCGGCCCCCCGAGUUGGAAGGGCACGAAGGUGAAGUUCGCAGCUAACGCAGCUGCUACGCCCAACCAAGAUUCUCCAUGUCAGUUAGCAUGUUCAGACAGCCACUCCCUCCGCAACUGCCCAGUGUUCCUAGGAAAGGAUGUCCGCCAGCGCCGAGAGCUGGUUUCGCAAAAACGGUUGUGUUGGAACUGUCUGAGCUUCGGUCACCCAGCCAGGAAGUGUGUAUCGAAGUUUACGUGUCGUACGUGCCACGAAAGACAUCAUUCCCUGUUACACGAUUCCUCUCCAUCCAGGGUGUCGUCGAGUCCUGCCAUUACGGGAUCAUCACAACAAUCUCCACCGGUUCAACAGCCGCAUUCGUCCAGUUCGGGUUCUGCUCCACCGCAGGUCAGCAUGGCGGUCCAAACCGCAUGCAGUAUGGUUCUACUGGAAACGGUUAUUCUCAACGUUGUUGAUGAUCAUGGCAGGGAACACAAGGCUCGUGCUCUACUCGACUCGGCGUCAAUGUCCAAUUUCAUCUCCGGUCAGUUAGCGAAGGUUCUCCUCAGCCGUCGCACCAAGGUGGACAUUUCGGUCGCAGGAAUCGGUCUCUCAACGCAAAGGGUGAAAAAUGCCAUCACCGCCUCCAUUGAAUCGAGAACUCAGACAUUCUCCACUAAGCUCGAGUUUCUCAUUCUGAAGCAGCCAUCCGCAGAGCUGCCGACCAUGCCGGUCGAUACGUCGGCGUGGAAAUUCCCGCAGGUUGGAUUAGCAGAUCCACAGUUCCACGUCCCAGGAAGGAUUGACCUCGUCAUCGGAAGUGAGGCCUUCUGGGAACUUCACACCGGUAGGAAGAUCUCGCUCGGAAACGGUCUUCCGUGGGUAGUCGAAACACCGUUCGGAUGGGCGGUCUCUGGUUCCGCGUCCAAUGGAUCUACCUGCAUUCCCCGGAUCUGCAAUCUCUCCAUUACCAAUGAAGAUUUGGAAGCCGCACUUCAGAAGUUUUGGGAGUUAGAAGCGAUUUCCACUGGGCCUGCACACUCACCCGAAGAAAAUCGCUGUGAAGAGUUAUACUCCAGUACAGUCAAGCGUGAUUCGACUGGAAGGUACGUCGUACGUCUUCCUCACAACGAAGAUCCAGAAGUCUUCCUGGGGGCCUCUAGAGCCAUCGCAGAACGCCGUUUUUACAGUCUGGAGCGCCGUUUGCAACGAGAUCCUGCAAUCAAGGAAUCGUAUCAUCGCUUCAUGGAUGAGUACCUACAGCUCGGUCACAUGAGAAGGCUUGACGAGCCUGUAGAUGACGUGAAGGCUCACUGUUAUCUCCCACAUCAUCCCGUGUUCAAGGAGUCGAGCACUACUACGAAAGUUAGGGUCGUUUUCGACGCGUCCUGCAAGACGGCGUCAGGAUAUUCGCUGAACGACACGCUGUUGGUCGGACCCGUAGUUCAGCAAGAUCUACUCUCCAUCGUGAUGAGAUUUCGGACACAUCACGUCGCUCUGGUUGCGGACAUCGAGAAGAUGUACCGGCAAGUAUUCGUGCAUCCUGAAGAUCAGCCGUUUCAGCGAAUUCUUUGGCGCACGGGCCCUGAUGAACCCAUCGCUACGUACGAACUGCAGACAGUAACGUACGGAACAGCGAGCGCUCCGUACCUAGCUACGCGUACUCUGCAGCAAAUUGCACAGGAUACCAAGCAGUUGUAUCCAAUCGCGAGUGGGUCAGUUACGGAAGACUUCUACGUCGACGAUUUUCUUUCUGGGGCGCCGGACGUAGAAUCCGCCAUCAAGCUGCGUCGUGAGGCAUCGGCAAUGCUAGCUUCCGCUGGAUUACCGCUCAAGAAAUGGGCAUCGAAUUCUCCUGAAGUUCUUGGGGAUGUACCACCUGAUGAUGUGGCAAUUCAGCCGUUCCACAAUCUUCAGGAUGACCAGGCCGUCUCCACGCUCGGCCUCAUUUGGGAACCAAAGUUGGACAUACUCCGGUUCAAGGUUCAGUUGCCGUUAGCCGCAUCCGUACUGACGAAACGCAAGGUGAUGUCGUACAUCGCCCAAAUCUUCGACCCUCUUGGACUCGUGGGUCCAACGAUCACCAAGGCCAAACUCUUCAUGCAGCGACUUUGGGCUCUGAAGCAGAAUGGCGAAGCAUGUGAAUGGGACACGCCGCUCCCGUUUACACUCCAAGAAGAAUGGAAACUGUUCCAUAACACACUACACCUGUUGAGUGAAGUUCGCGUACCCCGCUUCAUUUCGAUGCCCGACGCCGUCAGCAUCCAGCUUCACUUCUUCUGCGAUGCGUCUGAGCGCGCAUAUGGGACAUGCUGUUACGUCCGAACUGAAGCACACGGCACAGUUUCAGUCCAGUUGCUGGCGUCUAAAUCAAAGGUAGCUCCGCUUUCUACUCGCCAGACAAUCGCCAGACUGGAACUCUGCGCCGCAAAUUUAUCGACCCAGCUGUACAAGAAGCUGAACGCAACGCUGAAGCUUCCUGCAACUGUCCACUUCUGGACAGAUUCCACUACUGUCCUCCAAUGGCUUCGCGGGAACCCGAGUCGUUGGAAGACUUUCGUCGCAAACCGGGUGUCGCAGAUACAGCUUUCAACCGAUCUCAACCACUGGAAGCAUGUUCCUGGAGUCGACAACCCUGCUGACGACAUUUCCCGAGGAUUGAGUCCUACUGAUAUCCUCAACCGUACACGAUGGUGGACUGGGACACAGUGGCUAGCAAGGUCUCCGGAUUUUUGGCCAAAUCCAACGUUACCCGCAGCAGAAACUCCAGAAGUGUCCGCCGAAGGACGCAAGAUACCACUAGUUGCCAUGACCACGACACAACUGAGUUUCUGCACCGAUUUAUUCGCUCGCUACUCCAACUUCUCCAAGCUGCGCCGAGUGACAGCGUUCAUUCAGCGUUAUCUGCACGUGCUUCGUGAACGAGCCUCGCAACGUCGUUCGGAAAAGGAGAAGUACAAGCCACUCGUCAUCCCGAACAUUAACCCGCACCCAGUCCAUCCGCUUACCGCACAAGAACUCCAACACGCCGAACUUACGCUCUGUCAUCUCGCGCAGGGUGAACUUUUCGCUGAGGAGAUUUCCGAUCUCGCUAGUGGCGAACGUGUCGCAAGAUCUUCCACGCUGAAGUGGUUGAACCCGUUCGUCGAUCCCGAAGGCACCGUACGUGUCGGUGGCCGGCUUCGCAAUGCCGCGCUGACCGAUGCGAAGAAACACCCGAUCGUCCUCUCUGCCAAGCAUCCGCUCGCUGUUCUGUUGGCUAGUUUUUAUCAUUUGAAGCUACUGCACGCAGGCCCUCAACUCCUGCUAGCCACUCUCCGCCAGAAGUUUUGGAUUCUGGGCGGCAGAAAUCUUGUGAAAUCCGUCUUUCACCGUUGCCACACUUGCUUCCGUAGCAAGCCCACACUAGUCCAGCAGAGCACAGCAAAUCUUCCGGCAUCGAGAGUAUCUCCAACCCGACCGUUUUCCGUCUGCGGAGUCGACUAUUGCGGACCUUUCUAUUUGAAGUCCGCUGUCCGCAACCGUGGCCCAACGAAGGUGUACGUGGCCAUAUUCGUCUGCUUCUCUACGAAGGCAGUUCACAUCGAGCUAGUGAGCGACCUGUCUACUCCAGCGUUCCUAGCUGCACUCCGUCGUCUGGUCGCCCGCAGAGGAAAGGUGGUAGAGUUGCACUCUGACAACGCUACCGCUUUCAAAGGUGCAUCGAAUGCACUGAACCGCAUCUACCGCAUGCUGAAGGUCGAUGAGUCUGAUCGGAAUCAGAUCUUCGACUGGUGCUCCGACAACGAAAUUCGCUGGAAGUUCAUCCCACCUCGAGCACCACACUUUGGCGGUCUUUGGGAGGCUGCAGUGAAGUCAGCGAAGACACACCUGUUGAAGGCAAUCGGCAACGUGAACGUUGCGUACGAGGACAUGCUCACACUGCUGGCGCAGAUAGAGAUGUGCCUCAAUUCUCGUCCGCUGACUCCAAUGCCGGACGAUCCGUCCGAUCUCGAGGUCCUUACGCCAGGACAUUUUCUCGUCGGGAGCAAUCUCCAAGCUGUUCCGGAAGCUGAUCUGAAGGAGACUCCUGACAACCGCUUGGACCACUGGGAAUUAACUCAAAAACGGUUCCAAACUAUUUGGUCUCGCUGGUACCCGGAAUACCUGCAACAGCUGCAGUCUCGUGCUACGAAAGGCUGCAACCCGCCUGUCUCCGUCGACGUUGGCAGAGUCGUCAUCGUGAAGGAAGACAACAUCCCGCCAACCAGUUGGCCUCUCGGCCGAAUUAUCAGAUGUCAUCCCGGAGCCGAUGGCAUCGUCCGUGUAGUCACUCUACGAACCGCUGCAGCCAAGGAGGUUGUGCGUCCUGUGGCCAGAAUCGCUCUACUACCGACACCACCGGAAACUCAACGAGCCGACUGA